CCUACAGAUAACCAAAUAACGUCAGUUGCUUAGCUUCAUCGAGGUCUACGUGGUAAAUAACACUGACUGGCAUCAUUGUGGAGCAAUGGAAUUCGCGACAAUUGAAGGGAGACAUUGUGAUUUUUAGUUCGCAAGCGCGACACUGACAGCUCUGCUUUAGUACACAAAUUUGUAGUAUGGAAAAGGACUAUGGGUACCUCACACCGUUGAUCCAAGAGUACGAAGUGGCAAUUGAAACGUUGACGAACCAACUCCAGUUUUAUGCCCACGAGCAAGAGCGUUUGAGGGCAGAAAUUACUACCUUAAUUAAGGAGAACAAAGCACUUUCGGUGGCGAUACGAGAGGUUGUGGAUGCUAAAGCUCAGUUUGAAGUUACCGACAAACAAAAUUUGGAGAAUUGUUUAGUUCAUAAUUUAAAAAACCAGCUGUCGUUGACUCUACAGGAAAAGGAAACAGUAGUACUACUAUGGCAAAAUUCGUUAAAAAACAUCGAUCAUCUGGAAGAAGAACUGAACCUGUUCGCCGGAAAGAGUCAUGGUUUUAUAUCAAAAGCUCAAGUUCAACGGAUGAAGCAAAGUUACGAAAAAGAGAUACAACAUCUAGAAGAACAACUGACAAAUUCCCAUACGAAAAUUCAAACAAUUCUCAAAACCUCAAGUCAAACCAUAGAUCAGAAGCGUGCGGAACUUGAAAAGGCGAUCAGUUUCCAACAGACUACCACUGAGCAGAUGAAUCGACUGGAAAACGAGGUAAAAAAGCUCGAGUCGAAGAUUCGAGACAGUACUAGAAUUCGAGAUAAAUUACAAGUGAGCCUAGAAAUGAAGGAUAACGUAAUUCAAGAAAUGAAGGCCAAAGAGCGCACAGCUAAGGAAAAGGUAACGGAGGCCGUGCAGAUUGUGGAAACCGCGCUUUUCGAGAAAGAUGCUGCGGUAUUUCGGGAAAGCCAAGCGAGGGAGGAGGCUGCAAGGAUUUCCAAGAUCUUAUCAGAAUUAAUGGAUAAAGCAGACGCGCGAUUAAAAAACGAAGUUGAAGCUGUUCAGCAGGUGUGCGAUAUUAAAUUGAAGGAGACCCAAACCAGCGUUGGUAGUUUAAAGGAGGAGCUGAAUGAAAAGAACCUUCAAUUGCAAAAGUCAACGUACGACUGCAAAUUACUGGAGAAUGAGGUUGAGAAAGCUAAAAAGGGGAACUUGUUUGUCGAUGAAAGUCACACGUCCAAACUACUGGUGCUCGAAAAGAACUUAGAGUCGACCUUUCAAAAACUGUUACUGUCCGAGAAAAAACUGCUCAAAGUCGAAGCGGAAAAAGAGAGCCUGAAAUUAGACAUGGAACAAAUGGGUGAAAGUUACCAAAACGACAUCAAAACACGCGAUGCGGAACAACUCUCUCUCAAAAACGAACGGAGACUCUUACAGAAACAGCUUAAAAUGUGCAACGAAAACCUUCAGUUGGCCACCGAUAACAUUAAAAAGCUAAAAUCGAAGUUAGACGCAGUUGAACGUAAUGGCAAAGCGGUUCAGAGUAAACUUCAGUCGUACUUGGAAAUGCAAAUAAAUUUAAACAAAAAAUGGAAAGAGGAGGUUCACGGAGUUCUACGUAAAUAUGAAGCUCAAGUUACAGACUUAAAAAAUAAUAACAAGUAUCUGAGAAACAAACUUAAACAAACUAUAAAUAGAUUACUAAAUCGAAAUGCGACCAAUUCACACAAUUGAGUAAUGAGUUAUUAGUAUUUUAAGUGCAAUAUAUUAUUUUCAUACCAGAUUAGUAAUAGAAGUAUUUUCAUUA